AAAUCCAACGUAGUAGCUAAGCAUCUCUUGCAAUGAAAUGAAGAUUCCAUGGCGAUGGCGCGCUAUAUAUACGGGCAUAGUCUUAGGCAUGUUUUUAUCUCAAGUAUAGUUAAAAGAAUGACUUCUUCUCCCAGUAUCUUUGCUGUUCUUGCACUUGUCCUCCUCCUCGGAACCUCCUCUGCUCAACUGUCGACCAACUUCUACGCCUCCUCCUGCCCCAGCCUCCUUAGCACGGUUAAAAGCGCGGUACAAUCAGCCAUUGACAAUGAGAGACGGAUGGGCGCAUCUCUUCUUCGCCUCUUCUUCCACGAUUGCUUCGUGAACGGGUGCGAUGGCUCGAUAUUGUUGGAUGACACGUCGAGCUUUAUGGGGGAGAAAACUGCCAACCCUAACAAUAACUCGGUGAGGGGGUUCGACGUCGUUGACAGCAUCAAGACUGCAGUGGAGAACGCGUGCUCGGGCGUUGUAUCGUGCGCGGACAUCUUGGCGAUCACUGCAAGAGACUCGGUGGUGAUACUUGGAGGGCCUAGUUGGGAUGUGAAACUAGGGAGGAGAGACUCGAGGACGGCAAGCUUGUCUACUGCUAACAGAAACAUCCCCCCACCAACUUCUUCACUUAGCAACCUCACAUCCUCCUUCGCAAACCAGGGCCUCUCGACCAGGGACUUGGUGGCACUGUCCGGUGCCCACACAAUUGGGCAAGCAAGGUGCACCUCUUUCAGGUCACGCAUUUACAACGACACCAACAUCGAUAGCUCCUUCGCGCAAACAAGGCAGUCGAAUUGCCCGAGAACGUCCGGGUCCGGAGACAACGGCUUGGCACCGCUGGACCUGCAGACUCCCACAGCCUUCGACAACGACUACUACGCGAACCUCGUCAGCCAGAAGGGUCUACUGCACACGGAUCAAGAGCUCUACAAUGGCGGCUCGACCGACUCGCAGGUGAGUUCCUACAGCAGCAGCCAGAGCUCUUUCUUCUCCGACUUCACCGCCGCCAUGAUCAGGAUGGGAGACAUCAGUCCCCUCACGGGCUCCGAUGGUGAGAUCAGGAAGAACUGCAGGAGGGUUAAUUAACCAGGGCGUGCCUUCUUAUUUCUGCUUCAAUAAUGUUAAGCUCCAAGCUUUGAGUGCGAGCAUUUGGGGUUUUGACCUUGUCUGUCAUUUUGCUGAUUGAAUCAAAGUCGAUCGAACAACUCGUGUUGAACUUGAAAAGUCAA